AUGCAGAACAGCACAGCCAACGUGUCCUACGUGGAAUUCACCCUGGUCCCGUUCCCAGGUCUCCAGGAGCUCCGGCCCUUCCUCGCCCUCCCUUUCUUCUGCCUGUUCCUCCUGAUUGUGACCACCAACUCCCUCGUCAUUUACACGGUGAAGACGGAGGAGAGCCUCCACUCCCCCAUGUGCCUGCUCAUCGCCUUGCUCCUGACGGUCAACCUCUUCGGGACUUUUGCCAUCCUUCCCAGAAUGCUCUUCAGCCUGGUGCUGCCCGCCAGCCACAUCUCCCUGACCGAAUGCCUGGUGCAGAUGUUCUUCCUUUACUUCACCAUCCUCCUGGACUGCAACGUUCUCCUGAUGAUGGCUCUGGACCGGUUCCUGGCCAUCUGCCACCCACUGCGCUACGCAGAACUCAUGACCAUCAAGCUCCUGAGCUUCCUGAUGCUGCUCUCCUUGCUGAGAAGUCUUGGCACGGUUGGACUGGUGGUGGCCUUGGCCUCCCGGGUGAGGUUCUGCCGGUCAAACGUCAUCAGCCAUUUUGCCUGCGAACACAUGGCCGUCAUGAGGUUGUCCUGCAGCGACAUCUCCGUGAACAAGAGGGUAGGUAUGUCUUUAAGGUUCUUUGAAUUCAUUCUUGACUUCAGCCUCCUCUUGGCUUCUUACAGCCGGAUUGUCCACACGGCUCUGAAGAUCAGCUCUGGCAACGUCCGUCACAAAGUCUUCCACACUUGUGGCACCCACUGGAUCGUGAUUGUCAUCAGCUACUCCUCUCGCCUCUCUUCGUCCAUCGUCUUCCGACUCGCCAAAUCGGCCUCCCAAGAUGUUCACAACAUCAUCAGUGCAACCUACCUGCUCUUCCCCUGGACUGUCCACCCUUUGAUCUACGGUAUGAGAACCAAAGAGAUCAAAGCCAGCCUCCUAAAACUCUUUCCAAAAAAAUAA